CAGGAGACAAGCUGCAGCCUAAGUGCAGCUGGGGUCUGCGAAGCGAAAGCAAAGGAGGCCGAGUUCUCCGCAUCCGCAGUAAUGCGACGUUUCAUCUUCUGAACAACGCCUCGUCCUUCUUGCCUCAUCGCUCAUUACUAUUCCAUCUCCAUCUCGUUCCCUUGGUUUCCUUUUUGUUUCUUCUUUUUCUUCCGCCGAUCACCUCAGCCGCCGGCUCGCGCUGGACCCCGAUCCCCGCGAUGAAGUCACCGGUCUCCCUCCUCAGCUUCCUCCUCGCCUCGGCCUCGUUGACCUCUGUAUAUGCGGCUUCCGAUUCCUCUGGCUCUAAAGAUGAUCAAGCGCCAUGCGUCGCGCGUUCUCCGACAACGGGACUCUACUACGACCUGAACAGCUUGACUGUACAACACCCUUCAAGCGACUCCGAGAAGACCCGCAAACACCAACGACAAGAGAGCUGGCACGCAAAGGGCUACGACUACAACGCGAACUUUACACUCAAUGUCUGCGGGCCUGUUAUUGAGGAUGUUACGGACGUCGUGGGAGUUGGGGAGAACCUGUGGCAGAACGUCAGCGCGUACUACAAGAAGGAUGACAAGACAUAUUCUAUCGGACAACAAGCGUCUGAACUUUUCUUUCGAGGCCGUAAACUCGUUCUCAACUACACAGACGGCUCGCCGUGCGAUGGCGAUCUCUCUUCGCGUAACAAGUCGACCCUCAUCUCAUUCCUAUGCGACCGCGACAUUUCCGCGUCACAACCGACGGUCUCUUUCGUCGGCACGAUGGACGAGUGCACAUACUUUUUUGAACUUCGAAGCUCCGCCGCCUGCGGUGGCUAUGGACAUGAUCCUGCUGGCCAGGGUCUGUCUCCAGGAGGGAUCUUCGGUAUAAUUGCCCUCAUUGCAAUCGCAGCUUAUCUGGUCGGUGGUUGCGCUUACCAACGAACCGUCAUGCACCAGCGCGGCUGGAGACAAUGUCCCAAUUACAGCCUGUGGGCUGGAAUGCUCGACUUUGUGAAGGACAUGACAAUCAUCCUAUUUUCUUCACUCCUCCGCCUCCUGCGCAUCCGACGCUCACCGCAGGGCUACACCGCCCCCAGUAGCAGUCCCCAACGAGGCCGGUACCCAGGCGGCCAGCGCGGCCGCGCCGAGGACGUCGAUGCAGAGAAUCGGUUGAUAGACCAGUACGAUGAGGAGUGGGACGAUUAACGCAAGCGAUCUGUAUUUUGUUUUCUUCUCUUUGCUUUCAUGUCCAUGAGCUUCACUGCUCGGUUAGAGGGAUUGAUUCUCUGCUCUAGUCUAGGCAGGACAGUGAUGACGAUGUAUUGUAUGGAGUGUGAUGUUAUUGUAUGAACUGAAGGGAGGAUUAGAUUUACGAGGGUAUAUGGUUAUAUGAUUUCAUGGACAUGGGGAUAAGUACAUUUAUAUUUCGACCUACACAUCAGGAGAGUAUCUUGCUAUUUGAAUCUUUGGUAUCAAUCUGCCAUCAGAACAAGAAUACUUUAUAAAUGGUGCAACCAUCACUUUGCAGCAUGUAUGUG